UCGGGUACCAACAUGCGUACCGUGGGCCUGCCCUCUGACAACUACGACCCACCAGGCGGUCUCGCCGUCACUGCCACCGGCUGGGGCCAGACGUCCACCAGCGGCGGCGCCCCGAACAACCUGCUGAAGGUCGACAUGAGCAUCAUAGACCGCGCCACCUGCCAGAACAUCUUCGCCAACGUGAACACCGUCACGGCGCGCAUGGUGUGCGCAGGACAGGCCGGCAAGAGCGUCUGCAUGGGCGACUCUGGCGGCCCCCUGGUCAGUGGCAGCACGCAGGUCGGCAUCGUCUCCUGGACCGGCAGCUCUUGCGAGGCUACUGGAGCCGCAUACGCCAACGUCGGCAACCUUCGCUCCUGGAUUAGAGAUGCUACCGGUGUUUAA